GAAAUCACUAUCAUUGUCAAUGUGUAUCAUACUUUUGUAAAGGAUUAACCGAUUAAAGUAUUUGAGUAGCUUUGAGCUACAAAUUUAUAAACUGUUAAGACUUUUCCCCUUAUGUGACUAGCAGCAUUUUUACUUCACCAUGAUUUAGUAAAGUUUAGAUAAAUAAAUAAUGCUUUUUUUGUUACUUGUAUUCUUUUUAAACCUGGAAUUCUCUUUGUUCUUUGUAGAAACUCAACUAGAUUAUGAAAAACUUAGUUCUGUUAAAUAGCAAAAUUGCAUGUUGACUGCAUACAAGAUUGAGAGAGUCAAGUGAUUGAGGUUUCUGUGUUAGCUGGAAUUGCCUAUAAAUAAAAAAUGUGGCUUCUGUGUGUGGUCAGGGUGUGACCACCAUCCGUCACCUUAAUAGCAGACAUCAGAUUUGUUCAUCACUUGGUUUCCAAGAUCUAAUAGUCCCUCAAGAAUUUAGAAUGUUGUUGACUGUCCCCAUUUACAUCAUUGAAGGCUUUGCAACAGGUGCAGCUGUGUAUACUAAUUGCAGGGUGUGCCUAAUCUGUCCAGAAGGGAAAGUACCUCCAAAUUUGGUAUCUUAAAGAGUGGAGUGACCUUUUAAAGUCCCGAAAUGAGAAUUGCCAACAAUUCCAACAGGCUAAUUAUACCCACAAGGAGUUGUGAAGUGCUUUUAAGUUUUCCUAUAUACCUAAAAGUUUAAUGAAUGCUUGAAGUCAUUAAUAUAUGACAGAUGCACUCCCUUUUCAAGAGCUCCUAUGAUAAGUUUUGAUUGUAGAAGUGGGAAUUUGACCUAUAGCUUAUCACUUGCUCAUUAGCAUGCUGGAGGACUACGAGUUUCUUUUGUUAUUUGUUUUGACAUGAGUGUUAUCUUACUCCAGAAUUCCAUCCGCCUCCUUCUGUCUGAUGAUAUGAAGUCACAGCAGAUAACCUUGAUGGUGGUUUUUUAAAAGCAUCAUGCAUUGUGUAGUGUUACAUAUAUUUUAUAUAUAAAUAUAUAGAAUAUGAAUAUAUUUCUGAGCAUGGGUCUUUCAAAGUUUUGAUUCAUUAUUUUAGAAAUACUGGCUCCCAUGUGACUUCUGCUCUUUUUAAUGGAAAAGGAACAAAUAUACUUUUUGGCUUAUGAAGAUGACUGAAAGUCUGACUUCUACAUUUCCAGAAAGCCGAGUACUUUUUGAAGCAAAUGAGAAUAGGGGAAUGAUGAAGUUUGGGAUUUUUUCCAGGGGACUCUGCACACACAUGGAGGAAAGUAUGCUUCCCAAAGAAUGAACAAAUGCUAGGGGUGUACCCAUGAAGAGAUGUGGAAAUGAAGCUUAGAAGGAUUUCAUGUGUCAAUCGCAGGCCACUCUGCUGAGCAUCUUCUCCCAGGAGUACCAGAAACACAUUAAAAGAACGCAUGCCAAACAUCAUACUUCAGAAGCAAUUGAAAGUUAUUACCAGAGGUACUUGAAUGGAGUGGUAAAAAAUGGAGCUGCCCCAGUGCUCCUGGACCUGGCCAAUGAGGUGGACUAUGCGCCCUCAUUAAUGGCUCGGCUUAUACUGGAGAGAUUUCUACAGGAACAUGAGGAAACUCCACCCUCCAAGUCUGUUAUAAAUAGUAUGCUACGGGACCCUUCUCAGAUUCCAGAUGGAGUUCUAGCAAAUCAGGUCUAUCAGUGCAUUGUGAACGACUGCUGUUAUGGACCACUGGUGGACUGCAUCAAGCAUGCCAUUGGUCAUGAGCAUGAAGUCCUGCUGAGAGACAUGCUUCUAGAGAAAAACCUGUCCUUCCUAGAUGAAGAUCAGCUCCGUGCAAAGGGUUAUGACAAAACACCAGACUUUAUUUUACAAGUACCAGUUGUAAUGCUUUGUCCCUUAGCUGUAGAAGGACACAUAAUUCACUGGAUUGAAAGCAAAGCCUCAUUUGGUGAUGAAUGUAGCCACCACGCCUACCUGCAUGACCAGUUUUGGAGCUACUGGAAUAGAUUUGGGCCAGGCUUGGUCAUCUAUUGGUACGGAUUUAUACAGGAGCUAGACUGCAACCGGGAAAGGGGCAUCCUGCUCAAAGCCUGUUUCCCUACGAACAUUGUCACCUUAUGCCACAGCGUGGCUUGACCCUGAAGAUCCUGGAAGAGAAGCUGGGAGGAAAAGGUGAAUCCGGAAGCAAUUUUACUUUCCUGCACUGCAAGAUCCUGGCAACAUCUGCCCUGAACUUCAGCUGAACUCUUGCUGCCCGUAGUCACACCACUACCUCUUUAGACAAACAUAUCAAGAGUUUCUGUUUUCCUUCAUCCCUUGCUGAUGUGAACAGCCAAGAACUACAGACACAACCCACUCAUUAUCAGCAUUUCUGUCUGUGUCACACAGUUAGUUUACAGAUAGUCAUAAUCUUUCUUUCUUCCGGAUGGUUUCUCCUUGCAUGCCAAACAAAAGAAAAACCAUGAAGCCUGAAAGGUGUGAUCUUUCAGUUCUCCUCCCAGUUACCGAAUCCCUCUCUUGUUUUGUUUCCCUAAGCCUGCAUUCAGUCGCCUCACUCUUCACAUGCACUCACAGAGACCCAGUGUUGCAUCACCAUCGUGGAAUAAUCUAGCGCAAACCUAGGAACGCUGAAGCCACGAAGUCUGAAGCCGCUUUUGCACUCACCUGCAGAGCUCCAGAAGACCUUGAUGGCAGCCCGUGCUGUGUUUGCCAUAUUCCGUCUUUACGGCUUCCUGAGUUCGUUGACAGUAAGCCAAGCUGCAAAAAUACACUGGAUGAGAAUUUCCUCUUUUUAUAAUGUUAUUUGAACAGCAAAUAUUUUAGAUUUAUCUUAUGUGAAAGUAUUAGUUACACUGAGCCUGGAAACCAUACUCGUUUAGACUAGGGGCUGAGAGGAGAUGGCUGAAGCUAAGUGCCAGCAUUGAGGAGGAUUUAUUUUUAAACAUGGCUAGUUGUCAUUAUGUAUGUGAGCUAAUACUUUUAUGAGUAGAGUUUUUUUAAGGCACACUCUGUACACUGCUUUGUAUAUGCAUUUUAUACCAUGUAAUUAUAUAACACUGAAGUUCUGCAUUAGAAACGUUUAGCUUUGUAUGAACUAAGUGUGCCAGAAAUAAGCCUGGAGCAUUUUUAAAUAAGCAAAAUAAAGGAGAUUUCGUAUUUGUUCACUCUAAUUUAUUCACUUUUAUGUACGGCAAAUCAGAUUCUAAAGUGAAACAUCAAUAAGUUAAUAAUCAACCUAUUUUGUGGGAAGUUGAAUAUUAAUCUGUACCCAAAAUGUAUUUGGUAAAAUAUUUGCCCUCCCCAUGCUGACAAAACAUAACUUUUAUAAUAAAUGAUUUGAAUAAAUGAUUUGGGAAAUAUUAAUAACAACAAUAUAACUUUUGCAAACAGCUUUAACUCAUAUACAUUGCUUGAUUUUUUUUUUUCAAAAGACUAAAUAUAUCAUUUAUACUUUGUUCAUUUUGUACCAAAGAAGGUUUGAAAAAAUAUGCCUGCUGCUUUUCCUUCUGAAGGACUUAAGCCUGGUCCAAACGUGUGGAUUUGAACUCUGAGUGGGUGCAUUAAAUCAAAAGCGAGAGGAAGAAGAAGAUGAAAUGCUAAAAAACUAUCAGGCAAACUUCUGUUUCAGUAUAAAAUUCAUUGUGCAGGCUUCUGAGUGACAUACAAUGAUCUGAAACCACCAGUGUAUCGCCUUGAUACACACACACCCACACCCACACCCAGACCCAGACCCACACACACACGCUCGCGCGCGCGCUUUAAACAAAAAUGUUAAAAACAGGUUUCCUAGCAUGUUCUAAACUGCUUUUUCUUUAUGAAUAAAUUACAUUUAUCUGCACAGAUGUUGAAAAUCCUGUUAAACCCUUGUCAAGGAUUUGUUUCUUUUACAUUAAACAAAUUUAUGAUGAAUGUGAACAAAUAAAUUAAAAAAUAAAAAAGG